AAGACCAAGAUGCAUUGUGAUGCAAGCGCAGCCCUUCCGGGUCACAAUGCAGCUGAGCUGCUGCCUCUCUCUGGGCUCCAUCCCAGCCUGCCCUCUGCAGUAAGCUCUUCAAGCUGCCCAGUGGACUCUAGGGAGCACUCCUCCGCCUUUGAUAGACAGGUCUGGGGCUCGGACAUGAGCUCCCAAGAGACCCCACAAGCACGGAGAUUUCCAAUAGAGGCAGGAGAUUCUCCCAGCCUGGCAACUGCCCCCGAAACACAGGAGCCAGUUGCCCCUGAGCGCACUGCAACAAGGCAGCUGCGAAGAUGUCCAGGGUGCCACUGCCUGACCCUGCCCAACGUCCCCAUUGACGUCUACAUUGCCAUGGGUGGGAGCCACAGGCCACGAACCACCUGAAGGCUCCCCCAGGCCGGGCUCGAGUGCUGAGGCCACGGCGACUGUCCCAGGAAACACACUGACAGCCGGACAACAGCAAAGCAAGCCACACAGAACAGUGACGCACAUUUUAA